UAAUUUCGUUUCAUUAAAUUAGCACACAAAUUGAUGAUGCCAGGUAUAUUUUUCUUCUGAAGCAGGUAACUAUUCUUUGUAGCGUGACUUUAAAUCUAAUUUUGACACUUUAUCACGUAUCUUGGAACUUAGAACCUGUAUCACUUAAACUGAUUCCCUCUAACAACUUGUCUAUGUUUAUUGUUAAAUUGGUAAAUCUCCUCUUCUUUCAAUCUCUUUAUUCCAGAAUGGAAGGGAUCGCUAUAUUGCCUAAAUUCCACCUAGAUUUUAUCAUUUGCUAGGCUGGUUGAUAUCUCCCAUAAUUAUCAAAUGAUCCCACAGAGGGGGCUUCUGAAUUUUGAUGCUGCUAAGAAAUGUAGGAGCCUUUUUGCGGUUAAAUCGUACCAUGGAAUUUUCAUCUCAGUUGCAUGCUUUUAGAGAUCUGUUCGUCAUAUUACCUCAAAAAUUAUACCGUAAUUUGUUUUUGCAGAAAAUUUAAAGCAUUAUAGGCUGCAGAUUGAAAGAACUUGUAAGUGGAUGCUACAAAUUUUCAGCUCCCUCUCCAACACUUUUGAAACUUUGUUAUGUCAAACAUGGCUGCUUUUUGGCAAGGAUUCUAGUUUUUCUAUUUUCAAGGCCAGUCGAAUUCCAGAGGAACGCCUGAGCCAUUAAGAACUGGAGCGAUAACCACCUUCAUGGGAAUCCACGCCUAGUAAUGGUCUUGAAUCUAGCUGCUGAUUCCAUCAAAUCCAAACUUCGAACUCGAACACUGUGAUAAACUUGGUUUGGCAUUGGGUCUUCAGCCUCACUAAUUCAUAACUGAAAAAUCUCAAUGUUAAAAUAAUUAUAGCUAAGUUCACUUGAAGCUACACUCAAGGAUGGGUAGGGCCUUUCCGCUAUGAAGACUCCUGUAGUGAAUUUAAUAUUGGACUUUACAGCUCCGAGAAAAAAAAAAUGAUAUCAAAUGGUUUAGUGUAAUUUCAGGACAUAUGUCCCUGCUGAUCUAUGCUGUCUUUCAUUAUAAACCAUGGUGUGUCAGAAGAAUUGAUGGAGAAUAUGAUGGAAGUAUCUAAUGGGUUCUUUAAAAUGCCUGUGGAAGACCAUGCAGAACUCUACAUUGAGAAUCCAAAAGCAACAGCUCGACUCUAUACAAGCUCCAUCGUUGGGAAAGAAAAAGUCUGUAACUGGAGGGAGAUCUUAAGGCUCAGCUGUCAAUAUCCUCUUGAGCAAACAAUCAACUCUUGGCCUCCAAAACCUCAAGCUUUUAGAGAUAUUGCAGCCAAGUAUUGCACGGAGGUUAGAGCAUUAAUUUUAAGAAUUCUGACUGCCAUUUCAGAGGCCCUGGGACUUGAUCCUGAUUAUCUGAGCAAAUGCAUGGGGACCCAUAGGCAGGUUAUGGCAGUAAACUAUUAUCCCAUGUGCCCUAAUCCAGAGCUAACCUUUGGGAUUCCACCCCAUUCAGAUCCAACUGUUGUCACUGUUCUCCAGCAGGGUGAUCUAAGUGGACUCCAGGUACUGAAAAAUGGAAAAUGGAUCGCAGUGGAGCCUAUACCCAAUGCUUUUGUUGUUAAUGUGGCAGAUCAACUGGAGGUUAUUAGUAACGGGAGGUUUAGGAGUGUAGAGCAUCGCGCAGUUACCAAUUCAACAAAAGCCCGUAUUUCAAUUCCUACAUUCUAUGGUCCUUCAACGGAUGCAUUUAUAGCCCCUGCCAAAUCUUUGGUUAUUGAAGAGUGUGGACAUCCUGCCUUGUAUAGAGGGUUUAUCUUUGAAGAAUACCUCAAAAAAUAUAAAAGCCAAGAAUUAAAGAGUAAAACCGUUUUAGAUUGUUUUAAGAUUAACAUAGAAUAAUUUAUGGACCGGAAUUAUCAUAAUAAAUGACAUUACAGUUGCAGGGUAUUGGGCAUCUGCUAAGUGGGAUGUAACUUUGGUCAUUAAAUAUUAUUGAAAUCAUGAUUUUCUUCCAUGA